AGCUGGGUGGGGUCGUAUUUCGGGACCUUUUUCAAAAUCAAAGCUCCGCCUUCUCUCUCUCUCUCUCCUUGUUGCUUUUAUUCGUCCCCUCGUCCAAAAGCAAACUCCUCCGCCCCCUCCGCCACCCACCCACCCACCUAAUUAAUCCAAACCCCACCGCCACCGCUUCCUUCAUCUCAUCCAUUUUCGCCGCCUUUACGACCUAGAUCAUCUCCAUCUCACACAGGCACUCAAUUUUCACCUCUCCUGGAAAUCUUUCAAAAACCAACCCCUCAAUCCUGUAACCCUAACCCUAGAACGUACGGCCGGGAUCGCCUCGAUCUUUUCCAAUUCUGUCAUCCUACGGGAGAAUUUCCAAAGGAGGUAUUAAUUUUUUGCAUUUCUUUGGAUUCUUCUCACGUUGUAGUUGGAAACCCUGAAAAGCCAAAAGAGGUUAAUUUACAAUUAUGGCUGAUAAUCGUGACGAGAAAUCGGGAGUCUCUGGAAACCCCAAUAACAAAUCUUCGAUGUACAAUCGAUCAAUUACCCUAACGUCCAGCGAAUUCGCGAAAAGGUCCUACCUUUACAAUUCCUCCCUGAGUCCCCUCGAGCGCAGCGGCUCGAUCAAGAAACUCUACAACUCGUCGAUCUCGUCGUUCGUGUCGGCCGUUUCGUCCGGGAACUCGAUCAAAGGGAAGGUGAAACAGCUCUGCAGCGUGUUUGAGUCUUCGAAAAAAAAACCUCCCUUGGCCGAACCACCGCCCCCGCAAUCGCAACUUCCGUCGUUGAAGCCGGCGAAAUCAUUGGGUUGUUCGGAUUCUAAGGUUUCUUCAUGUUGUGAAAAUUCGGGGAUACGGUUACAGGGUACCGAGGACCGAGUGGUGGUGUAUUUCACUAGUUUACGAGGGAUUCGGAGGACGUUUGAGGAUUGCUGUGCUGUGAGGAUGAUAAUCAGAGGGUUUAGGGUUAUUGUCGAUGAGCGCGACAUUUCGAUGGACUCGGCGUAUAGGAAAGAGUUGCAGGGUGUUUUAGGUGAGAAGAAUGUGAAUUUGCCCCAAGUUUUUAUCAGAGGGAAGUACAUUGGAGGUGCCGAUGUGAUCAAACAGCUCCAUGAGGUUGGUGAGUUGGCCAAGAUGCUUAAGGGGCUCCCUGUUCGGGCACCUGGGUACGUGUGCGAGGGAUGUGGGGAUGUUAGGUUCAUUCCCUGCUCGGAGUGUAGUGGAAGCAGGAAGAUUUAUGAUGAGGAUGAAGACCAGUUGAAGAGGUGCUUGGAGUGCAAUGAAAAUGGGUUGAUUCGGUGCCCGGCUUGUUGCUCUUGAAUGCAGUUGCUUAUGUACAAUAAGUUGCUAUUGGACGCGUAUUAGGUUCGUAUAUUCUGCUGUUGUUGUGUGAUAUCAUGUGAUUUGAGUCUGCCUAUAGCUUGGAUUCAAACUCUCAUUGGAGUGAAGUUGUAAUUUUGUUGCUUGGAGAUUGAUAUGGAUCCUCUCUGAGCAACUUAACUAAAUAAACUUUAGUCGAAGCGACUUGUUGUGUACAUAUGGUUUGUAAACAUUAUACCUUGGAGAAUGUCUCUCCAUCUUCUUUUGAUUGUAAAUUCCUUCUUUUAUGUAUUAGUAAGGUUUGUUGCAACGAUGCUCAAGUGUAACCUAUAUGUGCUGCAUAAUUUUUGCAGCCUCUGUUGAAAUUUGGCGAGUAUUGUAACGAUGCUUCUGCUUGGGUUUGUUUUGGUUA